CUUUUUAGAUCUUAUCAAAUUUUACAUUUAAUAUUCAAAUAUUUGUUCCUUACUAAUAAAUGCAUGAGAUAAAUCAAUCUUAUGGAUUUUCAUUGUUCAAGCAUGGUUAUGGUAGCUUCCUCUUCCGUCUCGUUGCUUUAUGCCGAUUGUUACGUGCCAAUUUUUAUGGAUAUGUGAGCAGUUUCACAAUUUGUUGGAUCUGUUUAUUUAUUUAUUUAUUUAUUAUUAUUAUGGAUCGCAAUACGAAUUCUCUCGCUGGGUACUAUCUUCAAUUCUUCAUCACAGAACUCUUGGUUCCAAGUUCCAGCAACAUCAUCACUAUUGUGUUUAUGAAACGUUAUUUGUUUAUUUAUUUAAGUUUGAAUGCUGAUGGGAGCGUUUUUGGUUUUGGAAUUGAUGUUUCGCCUAACUCUGAUUGUCUACUGAGUCAUGACAGUGACCUUCCCUGCCAUAGACACAGAUGAAGUGAUAUGCUAUAUCAUUUUUUAAUUCUCUCUCUCUCUCUGAUAUAUGGUAUGUUUGGUUUAGCAAUUAACAUAUAUUCUGAUAUGUGGAACUGUUUUGAUAAGCGGAAAGUAGUAAAGAAAAGAGUGGAAUGUUUUAAAAUUUAGAUUGAAUUUUUCACUUUUACGUUUUACUUUAAUUAAUUUUAUUUAUUUAUUUCAUUUUACUUUCCCAAACCGAAUCUUAAAGUUAUAAAAUAUGUUUGAGUUUUAACGGGAAUUCCUACAUUUUGAUGGACAAAAUAAGAAAAAGAAACUUAUUACUUUAGAAGUAAAAGUAUUAUUUAACUCUCUCAAGAAGAAACAUAUAUAUGAAAUUUGUUAUUAUGCUUUUGUAUUGUUGGGUUUUAUUUUGCAGUUUUGUACUUGGUCAUGGAUAUUGAGGUGGAGAUCUGGUUUAAUGCCCUUUGUGGAUAAUUAAUUGCAUUAGAUUUCGGGAGUGACUGAUUCUUAAUAAUUGAAAUCAGUGCUGGACAAGGACAAGUAACCAAAAUUCCAAGAAGGGUUCAUUAAUACAUGGCCUUAGAGCACUACCUUUCGCAGGAAUGGAAAACCAGCCCCAGCCCGAGCCCGAGCCCCAUGACAGUGACAGAAAACCUUGAUGGGUGUUUUGAUUGCAACAUCUGCUUAGAUUUUGCACAUGAACCAGUGGUCACCCUUUGUGGCCACCUAUACUGCUGGCCCUGCAUCUACAAGUGGCUCCAUGUCCAAAGUGCUUCUCUUGCACCAGAUGAGCACCCUCAAUGCCCUGUUUGCAAGGAUGACAUAUGCCACACCACAAUGGUUCCUCUCUAUGGCCGUGGCCAGGGCAUAGCUCAUAGUGACCGUGAUGGAAAGGCAUCAUCCUAUAGAGGCAGUUUUAUACCACCAAGACCACCUGCUUUGGGUGCUCAAUCUCUCAUGUCAACAUCAUCUCAAAGUGCUCAACAACUUCCAUAUCGCAACCCUUAUCAGAAUCAGCAUUUCAACCCUCCUUUGUACCAAGAUGAGGAUGAAUCAUCAUCACAAAUGCUGAAUCCUGGUGCCAACAUGGUGGCACCAGGAUUCCCCCACCUUGUGGUUGGGAUGUUUGGAGAGAUGCUUUAUGCCAGAGUCUUUGGCAACUCAGAAAAUUUAUACAACUAUCCAAAUUCUUAUCACCUGGGGGGAAGUAAUAAUAAUAGCCCCAGGUUGAGAAGGCAAGAGAUGCAAGCAAACAAAUCAUUGAACAGAAUCUCAAUUUUUCUGUUUUGUUGCUUCCUUCUGUGUCUUAUUGUCUUCUAAGCAAGUAAUUGGAUUGUUAUUAUCUAUUGUCCCAUUGUAUAAUUUGUAAAGAAACACGGGUGUAAGCUCUGAGAACGAGAUAGAUUGAGCAAUGUUAGGGUAAAAUAACUGGUGUUCUUCAACAUUUACUGCAAUAUAUCAGAGCUCAUUUUUCAGAUUGUCA